AAUUAACUAAUAAAUAAAAUGAAUGAAAUAAAAUCUAUUGCAAGUUGCAUUAGCAAAAUUAGAACCCAGAGAAGGAAGAAAACAUUUAGCUACAUAUAUACCAUAUGAUAUGUGCGAUCCCCUUCAUAUAUUCGUCCACACAAAACUAAAGUCCACAUGAAAUUUAUAAUUGAAAUCAUACGCCUAUUCGUAAUGAAGCCAUCAUCCGGCGAAAUUAUUAGAGCCUGGCUUCUAUCAGCUUUAAUGGUACAUGGUGCAGUGGCUGGUAAUCCGGAUGCAAAGCGUCUCUACGAUGAUCUAUUGAGUAACUAUAAUAAAUUAGUUCGUCCUGUCGUCAAUACUACCGAUGUGCUCAAAGUUUGCAUCAAAUUGAAGCUAUCCCAGCUAAUUGAUGUGAAUCUUAAAAAUCAAAUUAUGACAACAAAUCUUUGGGUGGAACAGUCCUGGUAUGAUUACAAGUUACGAUGGGAACCAAAGGAAUAUGGCGGAGUCCAUAUGUUACACGUCCCUUCUGAUCAUAUUUGGAGGCCGGAUAUUGUAUUAUAUAACAAUGCUGAUGGUCAUUAUGAAGUAACACUUAUGACAAAAGCAAUAGUCUAUAGUAAUGGAUUGGUGAUUUGGCAACCACCUGCCGUCUAUAAAUCGUCUUGUUCAAUCGAUGUUGAAUAUUUUCCAUAUGACGUGCAGACGUGCAUCUUAAAAUUAGGAAGUUGGACCUAUGAUGGUUUUAAGGUGGACUUAAGGCAUAUGGACGAGCAACAGGGCAGCAAUGUUGUCGAUGUUGGUGUCGACUUAUCGGAAUUCUAUAUGUCUGUCGAAUGGGAUAUCCUUGAGGUGCCAGCGGUGAGAAAUGAAAAGUUUUACACCUGUUGCGAUGAACCCUAUUUGGAUAUAACAUUUAACAUAACGAUGCGAAGAAAGACUCUAUUCUACACCGUUAAUAUAAUUAUACCAUGCAUGGGAAUCUCGUUUUUGACAGUAUUAACAUUUUACUUGCCAUCAGAUAGUGGAGAAAAGGUUACAUUAUCUAUUUCGAUUCUUAUCAGUCUCCAUGUGUUCUUUCUCUUGGUUGUGGAAAUUAUCCCACCGACAUCGCUGGUUGUGCCGUUGUUGGGAAAAUACCUAAUAUUUGCUAUGAUUUUAGUUUCCAUAAGUAUUUGUGUAACAGUCGUCGUACUUAACGUUCAUUUUCGAUCACCACAAACUCAUAGAAUGGCGCCUUGGGUUAAAAGCGUUUUUAUUGAUUUCUUACCAAAGUUUCUAUUUAUUCGAAGACCUACAUAUAAUUUUGAAACAAGUAAGCUGCUUUUGAAGGACACUCACGCCUGUUUUUAUCCCUAUUAUUCAUCGACCAAUAUUGACCACCUUAUAUCCACAGGAUACAGUCAUACCCAAUCAAAAGAAGAGUUAACAUCACAAAGUUUAACGGGCACAGGACCUUUUGGAGGAAGUUGUCAAAUACACGGUCCAUUACCGCCACUAACGCAUUCAAGUUCAGAGGAUUUAACAGCUGUGCCUGAUUUGGAUAUCGGAAAUUCGGGAAUGAAAAGCCCAAUCUUAAAUAAUCCAGCAUUUUCCCAUUCUAAAUGCCCACCUCGAAUACAUCGAAGCUGUUUUUGUGUACGUUUUAUAGCCGAGCAUACCAAAAUGCAGGAGGACUCUACUAAAGUAAAAGAAGAUUGGAAAUAUGUAGCAAUGGUAUUGGAUAGACUAUUUCUAUGGAUAUUUACAUUGGCCGUACUAGCUGGUACAGCUGGAAUCAUAUUACAAGCGCCAACAUUGUACGACGACCGAAUCCCAAUUAUAGAACAAAAAGACUUGGAUUUCUCCGGAACAUCGGCUGGACGUUGCAGGCCUCCACAAUAGCAUUUCUAUCCAAGAAUCUCACAUAUGUUUUUAAACUGACCAUUUUGCAGAAGAGUUCAAUGCAUUCAUAAUUUUGCAUUGUUGUCAACUACAUAGAAGCAACUCAUUGCUACAAAAAGAAAGAAAAUACAAAAAUCCAGAUAAGAUUAUUAACGAAAAAAACUAUAUACCUACCUAUGUAUGUACAUAUUUAUGUCAAAGAAAAAAUAUUCGUGGGGCAAUGCAGUAGGAAAAUUGAAUGUUUUUAACAAAGAAAAAAAAAAUACUGCCUUUUUUUAAAAAGAUAUAUAUUAUCCAUUACAUCAAACCCUUUUGUAUUAUCGAACCAUUUCGAUAUGAAUUGAUAGAAAGUUUUCGCGAAGUCUUAAGGCCGCUGAGAGACAGAUUACAACAAUCCAUCCGCAAAACAGGGGUAUGAUAUUAAUAAGUCUUCAUGUUACUCGAUCGAGAACCAUUUACCUAUUCCACAACAGAUCCAAUGAUCUUAUGCUAGCUUCAGUAGAAUCUAACUUAACAAGCAUUUAAUACAAAUUCUACAAAAUAUGGAUUUAUUCCUUCUUAUACAAUAACCAUUGCAAAUUCCAGUAAACAAAUAACAACUUGCUAAUGUCAUACCCUUACAAAAACAAUUGUAAAACGAAUUUAAAAUCUAUAAAAAGAAAACAGAUUUUUUUCUCAAUUUUAAAUAUAACACGAUCAAGACAACAUUCAAAGCAAUUAAUUUUAUGAACAAAUACUUAUUUGUUUUUCCUCCCCUCAAUGAAUUAGAUUAUUCUUACUUUUGAUCAAAGUAUUCUAAAUAAAGCUUUAAUAUUGAGAUAAAUGGAAAGGCUUAACUUUAAAAGUUAAAAUGGGUUAAAAGAAACUUUCAUAGUCGAUGCUCUUUAAAAUAUUUUAAAAAUUACUCGGAACAUUUCAUUUUGAUUUAUGGUCCAAUCUAAAAAGAUUCUACAUUGAAAAUCUAUUUUACUUUGUGUUUAGAAGUAGUUCUAAGUUUUUUCAAUGCUUUAGAAAUCAUUGUUUAAAUGUGUCAAAAAUUUCAAUUGUCAAUUUAUUAGCAAAUGCUUGUUAAACUAUCUAUUGAAUCUAGAAAAAAAAAACAUACACUCAACAACAAAAAAGAAUAUGGAAAUACGUGUAACUAUUUGAUCAAAGCAUUUUGAACUCAUGACCAUGACCAGAGUUAAGGGUCAAUUUAUGCGAAUCCUGAUAUCAACAUGAGAGCAUAUAUAACGAGUUUGAUAUACAUAUGCAUGUGUAUGUGUAUACAUAUGUAUGGCCUGUGUGCCUAAUAAUUGUGUAAGUGUUAUGAGCUGUUCAAAAUCGUAAACUGUAGUUAACCUCGCACUGUGAAAAUAAUAAUAAAAAAAAAGGAAAAGAAAACCAAAAAAAAAAGUUAAAAGUUAGUUGAAAUAAAAUGAUUGCAAAUAGCAUAUGUAUUUCUUACACAUACAUAUACACAUCAACAUAUAUGAAUAUUAUUUA